UUGGACAAAAAAUAUGAACGCAAACGCAUUGCGGGCGUAGAGGACGAAAGGGGAAGAAAAAGCAGGAAUAGCGUAUCGGGCUUGGAUGCAUUGCUUUCACACAACAUAGUUGUCACAGAACAUAACCUGGCAGACCGAGUUCAGUACAUCAUGCGCUCGAAAACAUUUGAUGAUGCCGAGCUCGAACGACUACGACGUGAGGUCAUUCCGUCAUCGAAUAAAUCGGCUAAGGCUGGAGAUGCGGCUUCUCACGUGACAGACCAGCAUCCACACUUGGAAGCCGCCAUGGAUCUUCCAGUUGUGGUUGAUUCGGACGAUGAUGAAAUGGUCUCCCACGAACUAGAGCAAAUAAGGAGCAUAAUGGAAGAAGCGAUUUUGGAAACGCGCAGCAUGCCUCUCGAAGAUCGACCGUGA